CUCAAAUCGCAACCAUGGGAAUCCUUAAUUUCUUUGGCAAAACCAAGCCCCCUCGGCCUGCACCAACACCGACCGAUACCAUCGUCCCUCUCGGUUUCUGGGAUGGCCGACCAUAUCAACACAGUAUCUGUAUGGACGUCGCUUAUCGAUUCGACGACGUGCUUGAUGUGAAGACGCUCGAUCGGUCUCUGACGCGACUACUGCAGCUGGGAGACUGGCACAAGUUAGGAGCACGAUUGCGACGAAAUGAUGCCGGGCAGCUUGAGUACCAUAUCCCGCGGGAAUACACCGCUCAGCGACCAGGUUUCAUUCUCACCUCCGAGAAAUAUCUGAUGAAAGCUACCGAACAUCCUCUGGCAUCGAAACUCCCCACGGCAACAGAUACGCCCCGUGUGCUCGGCACAGUCGAUGAGACCAUUCCCCUUUGUCGCCAUGCACAGGCGCCGCAAUGUCUGGAUGAUUACAUCUACACGGACCGGCCCCAGCUCACGAUCCAUGCUGCUGCAUUCACUGACACAACCAUCUUAACGAUAACCUUCCUGCAUACCCUCAUGGAUGGGAUGGGUAUGUCCAGCUUCUUCGCAGCUUGGGCAUCUGUGCUCCGCGGCCAAGAGGACCAAGUGCCGACUUUUCUCGGAUUCGACACGACUCCAAUGCACACUUUGAACAGCACGACCUCUGUAGAGCCGUUUGUGCAUCAGGGCCUCUUGCUCAAAGGGUUCCACAUGAUUCUCGUUGCCAUGCACUUUCUGUGGGAGUAUUUCUGGCGGGGUCCGGAAGAGCAGCGUAUUCUGUGCAUCCCCGGAGCCUUUGUCGACGGAAUGCGAAGCCAGGCGAUCCAGGAACUCACCACCACCACCACCACCACCGGAGGAAAAGCCAAUUCCCCAGCUCCAUUCCUUAGCGAAAGCGAUGUUCUCCUAGCGUGGUGGACCAAAGUGACAAUCAGAGCGCUGAACCCGGCCUCGAAUCGCUUGCUCGCGCUGAUGAACAUCUUCGACUUUCGCUCGCUUGUCCUGCCCCCGGACCUGGCCGAUCCCUCGCAAAAUGUCGCCGUCAUCGGCAACGUCACCUUUCCGGCCUACACCCUCCUUCGGGUCCGCGACAUCCUCGCCAUGCCGGUCAGCCAGCUGGCCGCCCACAUCCGCCACUCACUGGUCCAGCAGCGCACCAAGCCGCAGGUGGAAGCCCUGGCGGCGUUGAUCCGAGAGACUCUGGAGACGAAAGGGGUCGAUGCGACGCUCUUCGGCGAAUACGACACGCUCCUUAUGGCGUGGUCGAACUGGCACAAGGGCCGGCUCUUCGAGAUUGACUUCUCGGCGGCAGUCACCUCGGUUGGUGCGUCGACGGCAGAAGGGGAGCGGCGACGCGCGAACCCAGUGGGACGCCCUUCCUAUAUCAUUGCGAAUGCAUGUGUGAACAGCCCCAUGCCGACGAACCUUGGGCCGAUGAUGGGUAAGGACGCGGCGGGGAAUUGGUGGUUGACGUGGAAACUGCCCCACUGGGCAUGGUCUGCGGUAGAAGAACAGGUGCAUGGGGUGGGGGAGUCAAAGCUAGCAUGA